ACCGAACAUGAAACUUUGGUUUCAUUCGGCUCCUUUAUGAUGGAUGGCGAAAUUCCCAAAUAAAAUAAGAUGGGAACUAAAUCAAAAUUUGACUCAUAACAUCUAUGUUAGCUUUUUUCCCGUUUGGAGGCUUUCCCAGAAAAAUUUUGCUUUAUAGAUGAUCCUUCUAGAAGAUAGAAAAGGCGAACUCAAAAAAUCUUUCUAGUUACUUCGUUCUUUAUUUCUAUUUAACGGAAUCCUUAGGAAAAGUAUUUUGUUUCCACCGAGCUAAAACAAUAUAAUAUGUCGAUGUCUUUAGUAAACCAAAGUUCUCGUUUAAUAGCUAUUUUGCUUCAAUUUUUUCUAUACCAAACAAAAAAUAGAACUGAAGAUUUAGUUACGAUUAGAAAGAAACUUUUCUGGCUUUAUCCAUGGAUCCUCUUGUUAUACUUAUUGAAUUGUAAAUAGUCAUCCAAUUCAAAAAUUAUGUUUCGAAAUUUCAUAAUCCAAAUUGACAAUUAAUUAGAGUCUUUGGAUACAAAUUACGAGAAUCUAUAAUCUUCCUUGAAUUUUUCAUUGAAAGGUAAAGGACUAAAUCCUUUUCAGAAAUAAAGUUUUUGAUCGGAAGAUUAAUCAAACCGAGAGACCCUUUAACUAUUAAGGGGUUAAAGGAACGAAUCACACUUUUACCACUAAACUAUACCCGCUACAAUCCAAUUAUUGUAUAUAAAUUUACUUUUUGUCGAACAAAGUAAUCGGGAGAAAAAAAAUCUGAAAAAAAAAUGAGAAAAUUCUAGCGUAGACUUAAUAAAAUUAGGCAAAGCAGGAUUCCUUUUUUUUAUUUCAGAUCUUUUUUGUCUAAAAACCCAUCGGAUGGGUCUUUUUAACUUUAACAAAAAAAGGCCCGGCUGGGGACUGACCAGGCCAGGCUAUUAAAAUAAAAAAGAUCUUUUAUUUGUGUUUGGACGAGACAAAAUCAAAAAGGAUUCUCUAUUUCUAUUUUUGUGAUUUUAUUUAUUUCUCUUUCGAGCCUUUUCUUUAUUGAAUCUUUAUUUACAGUUUUUAUGUAAAUAGAAUUACUGAGAAAGUUCUAUAAAAAAGGUUAUAUAAUAGUAAUAUAUAUAUAUAUAUUAAUUAUAUAUAAAUAUAAAUAUUAUAUAAAUAUUAUUUAUAUAAUAAAAAAGAAAAAAUAAUAUUAUAUUUUUUAUAUAUAAUAAAAUAAUAUAUAUAAUAAAAUAUAGAAAAUGAAAAUAUAUAUAUAAUUAAAGUAUUAUUAAAGAUAAAGAAUAAUCUAAAAAAAAAAACUUUUUUAAGAAUAAAGUGGAGAAAGUUUUUUUUUAAGCCGUUUUUUUUUCUAAUGGAACCUAAAAAGUAUUCCUUUUCGAUUAGGAGAGAUGGCUGAGUGGACUAAAGCGUUGGAUUGCUAAUCCAUUGUACGAGUUAAUCGUACCGAGGGUUCGAAUCCCUCUCUUUCCCUUCCCCUUUUUGAUGAUGUGAAAUAGAUAAAAUCCUAAUAAAAUUCGCACAUUUCCACUAUUUAAAUAUUAAAUAAAGUAAUAAAAAACCUUUCUUUUUUAUUCUUCACGUCCCGGAUUACGUCCUGGAUCAUUAGAUAGGAAUCCAAAUAUGAAGAGAGAAACAAAGAAUAUAACUACAGUGUAUACAAAAAGUUUGAGAGUAAGCAUUACACAAUCUCCAAGAUCUUACUUUUUUU